AUGGCGGCCGGGCCGGGGCCGUGGCUGCUGGGCUUGGGCUUGGCCUUGGGGCCGGCAGGCGUGUGGGCGCAGCUGAGGCUGCUGGAGGCCGGCGGAGGGCAGCGAGCGCCCGGGGACUCCGUGCUCCUCUCCUGCCGCGGACACGGCCCCGACUUCGGGACGAGCACAGUGAGGUGGUACCGUCAGGCACCCGGCGGCAGCCUGGAGUGGGUGUCCCUCAUCCACUUUGAUUCAUCGCUGAUUCGAUACGGAGCAGCAGUGGAUGGCCGAGCCACUGUGUCCCGGGACAACUCCCGCUCGGAGGCAUCUCUGUCUCUCCGUGCCCUGAGCCCAGGGGACUCUGCCCGAUACUUCUGUGCUGUUCCCACCCACAGCUGGGAUAAGCUCGUCUUUGGCAGCGGGACGACUUUCACAGUGGAGCCAGGCAAUAUAAGCCACUCUGACCCUCAAGUCAUUGUGAUGAGGUCAAAGAACCUGGAAGAAGAUGGCAACACCAGGAAAGCAGCUUGUUUGGCAAGGAAGUUCUACACAAAGAACAUCCUCUUGGAGGUGUCCUCCACUGAAGUCAGAUAUGAGCAAAGUACACCCCUGCUGACAUCAGAAGGGUUGUACGAUGCUCUCAAGGUGGUCAACGUGACCAAAGGCACAGAGGUGUCCUGCACAGCCAGAUACGAUGGCAGAGAUAUUACAGCCAAUGAAACAUUGCCAGAAAAGGAGGCUGAAGGAUCAGUGGGAGAGGCUGAAGGAUCAGUGGGAGAGAAGGUCUGCAACAGCACAGACACCUCUGCACAAGAUGCUGAAGGGGAGAAAUCAAACACGCUGGCUGUGGCUGUGCUGGGCUUGAGAGUCCUGCUGGCAAAAAGUCUUGCCUUCAGUACCCUGAUGAGCAUCAAGCUGUUUGUUUUCUGAGCUGGUGGGGAAGCAAGGCAGCAGCACUCUGAAGAGCAGCUGGAGAGAGCGAGUCCCAGCAGCACAAGGGCUCCAACAGCCAACGCCAAACCUGCUGCCAACAGCCAUCCAGAACACAACGCAGCACCCUCCCCUCCAGACAGCCCACACUGCUGGCUCCUGCCUGGCUCCUGUAUUUCAUUAGAAGACUUGGAGCUGCUUUUGCUGUUUCUUUUUCUCUCUGAACUGAGGAGACUGUAUUUUUUCCUUAUCCCCCUGCUAAGGAGAAGUCGCUCACCCCACUGUUCUCACCUCUGCAGAGGAGCAUCCAGCCUGCUUCCAGAGCUUUGAAACACCCAGUCCUCAUAGAUACAUGACCCUUUAACCCAGCAUUUACAGGCAUGUUGCAUUAUGGAUGUAUUACUGCUGAGGGAAUGCAGGCAGAGUAGAUGCUGUUUAGAGCUUGAAUGAUUUUGAGGUAGCAUUACCUCAGCAAUUUUGUAGUGUGGAUGAGAAGACCUGUGUUGGAUGUGAAGUGAUUCAAUUCCACCAGAUGCUGUUCAGCCGUGGAAGUGUUUAAACCUGCAUUUCUCCUGCCAAAUGUGUGGCACACAGCAUUUUAGGCUGCAGAAGUACUGACCAAAAUAAAGCUUUAUUAAGCCUGAA